AUGCCCCUCGUCACAGAGGAAUUCCACUUCACUCCUCUACCUUCUUCCUCAUCUCAACAACACCUCCAACCGCCCUCCCAACCCCCUUCACGCCCUCAAUCUCCCAAUCAAGGCAACGACGGUAUACCCGACUCGUUCCUCCCUACAGAUGUCGGUGACCUGCUCAGUGGACUAGGUGCAGAUGACUUGGAUGAUUUCGGAGAUAUCGAUGAUGAAGAUAUAGGUAAUGAUAGAUCCUUCGAGGAAGCUCAUCCCAAUAAACCAGAAUUCAAUGAUGGUUUUGGUGAAAUUUCGAAUGUGGAAAUACCAAAGAUGGUAGGGUUCGCUACAGCUGGAGGUAAAAAGUUGAAAUCACCUUCAAAAGAAGCUAUAGCCAAAGCCAACAAGAUCUGGGCUGGAGAAGAUAUGGAUGAUGGGUUCGAACAGAAUAAACCAGCUAAGAAACCUCGUCUCAGUGAUCCAGAAGAAGAAGAAGAUUACUUCCCUCCAUUCGACGAACCAACCAUAGACUUUCCAAUUGAUCACGUAGGAUUCAAAACUGGUAAAGGAAAGGAUAUGGCACCUCCUCGUGCGGAGUCAUUACAGCGAGCUUCAAAGAUGUUCAACGAGAUUGAUCAAGCGACAGCGAUGGAUGAAGAACCUUCCUCAUCUUUACCCUCAUCAUCAUUUCAGCAUUCUACUUCUAUGCCCAAGCUAGAUGGAUCAUCUUCUCGCGCUACUUCUAUCAAACCUCUCGCACCACCAUCGCUCAAAUCGAUGCAAUUUGCAGCUAAGCUCUUUGAAGAAGUCGACCGCGACGAAGGAUUCCAAGCUCCUGCUAUAUGUCUCGUCCCACCACAAAAGUCAGGAUUCUCGCUUGCAUCCGGCGGAGCAGCGCCCAGGAUCAGCGAGUCCGCUAUGGCCAAAGCUAUGAGUAUCCUCGAUGGCGAUAGUACACCUUCAAAACGUACGCCCCAAUUCUCUUCCAACUUCCAUUCAGCUUCAAAUAGACCAUCAGCUUCAAACACUAACUCAGAGCCUAUGACAUCAGAAGCAUACAUCUCUGAGACAGAAAAUCAGCCACGACCAAACCCUUCAUCCUCGUUCAAGUCAGCCUCUGGGAAGGAGGCUGCUCCCUUAAGUAAUGCCAGUAGAGCUACUGUAGCUCAUCUGUUCGACGAUCUCGACACCAACAUGGCAACUCCUAUCCGACCUCGGCCUCAAGCCCAAGCCCCCACCCAACAACGUGCUAGAGCCAAUUCGCCAACAACGACACCCUUCAUACGUCAGAGAUCUUCCUUCGCUCAGCCCUCGACCCCUCUCCGCACUCCCGUCGGCCACUCAUCUGCUUCUUUGGCUUCGAGCAAAAGACCUAUACAGAUCAAAACACCUUCCGGGCCCAUUAGAAGAGUUGGACUUGGCUCAACACCCUCUCAGCGGCAGUUCAAGAGAGGCUUUUCGACUCCUUUCAAGACAGGCUCUGCUUCGACACCAAUAUUACCUGCUUCAAUUCAGGAUCCCGGACCUUCGACUCCGCGACAAGUCACCCAUUACCGUUCUGUCUUUGAUCUGCAACCACCCUCGCAUCGUCAAGAUUACAAAGCUGCAUUUUUUCAUCCCCAGUAUUAUGGUAUUGACGAAUUGAGGGAGAUGAACAUUCCCGAUGAUCUUUGUGCCAUCGACCUUGACACCGCUCCUCGUUACCGCUUCUUAGCUGAAGAUGAUUCUUUACUCGGGCAUGCAGACGCUUUGAGUAUAUUGCAAGCGGAUGGAUGUAAAUUCGCCAAAGCGAAAUGGGUGGAGAAUCAUUGGGCACAGAUCCUAUGGAAGUUAGCUGGACAAAUUCAGGCUAGACCAGAGAUAUUCCAGGAGAAAUGGUGUUGGAUUGAGGUGAUCAAUCAGCUCAAGUAUAGAUAUGAGAGAGAAUUUGGGUCCGCCGAACGAUCGAUCAUCAAACGAAUACAAGAACAUGAUUCAUCCCCUAGUCUUCCUAUGAUCCUUGUCAUCUCUGGUAUCCAUCGGACUCAGGUAGAAGGCAAGACAAAAUACUCCUUGGACUUGACCGAUGGGUGGUAUCGCAUCAAAGCUCAGAUUGAUGCGUGUCUUCAAAGAGCUGUAACAAAAGGUAGACUCGCUGUCGGACGAAAGAUCGCUAUUUCAGGAGCCAAGCUCGAAUCGGGAAACGAUGGUCAAGAUGUCCUAGAAGCGUUCAACAGCUCGCAUUUGAUCAUAACAGGUAACUCUUCAUCUUUAGCCAGAUGGCAUGCGAAAUUAGGAAAACAACCUCAACCGUUCAUCGCGUCAUUAUCGAGUCUUUCAGCAGACGGUGGUGUGAUCACUCUCAUGGACGUGGUGCUGGAGAAGAUAUUUCCCAUUGCAUUCACAGAUGGAAGUGGACCACCAUGGGGUGAAGAGGAGGAACGGAUCAGACAGGACCAGUGGAUGGAACGAUAUGAAGGUGAAAAGACACGACUCGCAGAUAAGAUGCGCAAAGAGAUGGAGAAGAUGCAAGAUCUGGCAUCGUUGCUCGCCCAAUCGGCUGAGGAGAGCGAUCCAGUUAAUCGGGAGCCACCUGAUUCACUAGAGUACGAUUAUGAACGGCUGCUCGAAGCCAAAGACGCGUUGAGCUGCCUCAGGACCAUGUCGACAUACCAGAUCGUUCAUUUGGCCAGUUAUGCCAAUGUGCGUAGCAUGCAAGAGAUGCAGGAUAAGCAAAUAGAGAUGGAAGCGGAGCUGGCGAAUUUAUGCCCUAAACGAGAUGUUCGCGAUUUUAGGAUGAUCCGCGUAGUCGACGCCCAAUUAGGGAACCGAGAUCCGAUCAGAGUGGGAAUGUUGAACGUGUGGGAUGUCAAAGCCUUGGGAGACAGAGCACUUCAAGAGGGCAAGAGGUAUUUGAUAUCCAACAUCGUCCCUGGUAAAGGCGGCGAAUGGACUUCCCGUAGGACGAGAACAGACAGGGCAGAAGUUUAUCUUCAUACGAGAAGAGAUACUCGAUGGCAGCCUGUAGCAUAA